UCGGCGGGCGGCUGUGAGCGUACACCAGGGCGCUCCCGAUCUCGGCCGCCAGAGGGCGCAUCCCGAGCCGGCGCGGCACCGGGAAGGAGGAGGGGAGCGCGAGAAGGGUCAGGCGCGCAGGGCGUCCGCGCAGCUCGGCUCCGGGAAGGGCGCGGAGCCUCCGCCGGCGGGAUGCGGCCGCCCGUGCUGCUGGCGCUGUUCAGCUGCUCCGCGGCUUUUGCUUUGGUGUCUGAAGAGAUAAAAGAAAAGGUCACGCCUUCUCAGGAUUUGAGGCAAAGUAGUCUACCAAGGAGACAUGACAUAGACUUAAAAGAAAUCGUGUUUGUCAUCCAGAGUCAAAGUAAUUCUUUUCAUGCCAGGAGAGCAGAACAGUUGAAAAGAAACAUCUUAAAGCAGGCUGCAAAUCUGACGCAGGAUCUCCCCAGAGUCCUCCUUCUCCAUCAGGUGGCGAAGCAGGAAGGUGCUUGGACCAUCCUUCCCCUGUUACCACACUUCUCUGUAACGUACAGCAAGAAUUCAACAUGGAUUUUCUUCUGUGAAGAAGAGACGAGAAUACAGCUCCCCAAACUCCUAGAAACGCUCAGACGAUAUGACCCAUCUAAGGAAUGGUUUUUAGGAAAAGCACUGUACGACGAAGAAUCGACGAUCAUCCACCAUUACGCCUUCUCUGAGAACCCGACAGUCUUUAAAUAUCCCGACUUCGCUGCUGGCUGGGCCCUUAGCAUCCCACUUGUGAACAAGCUUGCCAAGCGAUUGAAGAGCGAGGCCCAGAAGUCUGACUUCACAAUUGAUUUAAAGCACGAGAUUGCCCUCUACAUCUGGGACCAAGGCGGAGGACCGGCCCUCACCCCUGUGCCUGAGUUUUGUACUGAAGACGUGGAUCCCCGCUGCGUCACCACGUUCCAUUCUUUCCUACCUCUCUGUGGACUACCAGUAAAGAAGGAGGAGAUUUUUGUUGCAGUAAAAACAUGCAAGAAAUUUCAUGCUGACAGAAUACCCAUCGUAAAGAAGACAUGGGCGUCACAGGCCAGCCUUAUUGAAUACUACAGUGACUAUGCAGAAGCCGCUAUCCCUACUGUAGAUUUGGGAAUUCCCAAUACAGACAGGGGUCAUUGUGGAAAAACCUUUGCCAUUUUGGAAAAAUUUUUGAAUCGCAGCCACAACAAGAUCGCAUGGUUAGUCAUUGUGGACGAUGACACAUUGAUCAGCAUCUCCAGGCUCCGACACCUGCUUAGCUGCUAUGACUCCAGAGACCCAGUGUUUCUGGGUGAGCGCUAUGGCUACGGCCUCGGCACAGGCGGCUACAGCUACGUCACAGGAGGAGGCGGCAUGGUCUUCAGCAGGGAAGCUGUCCGGAGACUUCUCGUGAGCAACUGCCGAUGCUACAGCAAUGACGCUCCCGACGACAUGGUCCUGGGCAUGUGCUUCAGUGGGGUGGGGAUUCCUGUGACACACAGCCCCCUCUUCCAUCAGGCUCGGCCAGUAGAUUACCCCAAGGACUACCUCUCCCAUCAGAUUCCAGUAUCAUUUCACAAACAUUGGCACAUUGACCCAGUAAAGGUGUAUCUCACAUGGCUGGCACCCAGUGAGGAAGACCAAGCCUCUCGGGAAACACAGAAGGACCCAAGAGAAGAAUUAUAGAAUGGAGUCUGGGGCAGGAGGAUAUAAGAGAUUCACCUUGUCUGGACCAGCUGCUUGUGAAACGGACACUUCCCAGACCUCACGGAAAUAUGAUAUUUUCUGGAUGUGUAGACUCAUAAGGGAAACUCAUAAGGAAGCUUAUUUGGAUUGAUGUCGUAAUUGUAACAGCAAUUCUCGUGCCUAUUUCAGCCCACCAUGGGCUGUGACACAGUAGCUUUUUGACUGUCUUAGGAAAUAAAUGGUACCUGAAGUCCUUUUCUGUUUUCUUCAUUGUAACAGGGACCCUAAUACAAGAAUGUGACUGGUUAUCAUUCCACAUAAACAUUGAGUUGUUUGAAAUGGAUAUUGCUAAAGGAAUGAACCUUUAAUCCAGUGGUUCUCAACCCGUGGGUCGCGACCCCCCCAGGAGCGGAAGUGGUCGCGUGUCAGGUAUCCUGCAUAUUAGGUAUUUGCAUUGCGAUUCGUAAUGGUAGAAAAAUUACAGCUAUGAAGUAGCAGGGAAAUGUUUUUUAUGGUCGUGGGUCCUCACCACAACACAAAGGAACUGUAUUAAAGAGUCAUCUCCUUAGAGAGGUUGAGAACCAGGACUUUAAAUGGUCCUAUUGUGAUGGAAAUUGGUUCCCAAGCACUCAGUAGGAAAGAAGCUGAUUGGUAAAACCUAAAACUCAAUAUGAACGUGGCCCUUUCACCUAUUCUGCUGGUUGCACCCCCAAAACAGACUCAAGGCCAUCUGGUGAAGCCUCUGCACCCUGCCAGCCUCCCCAGCGCUCUCCCGUGUAGAGUGGGCAGAGUGUCACCGGAAGUUACGGUGCUGCGGUGCUGGGUUGACUCUUCUGUGUCUUCAGUGGGGAUGGGAGUCUGGUGAUGUGUGCUGCAUCUGGAGCUGGCCUGCUCCUCUUGCGUUUCUCUGGGUGUGUUACAUAGUAACUUCUUCUGGCUUAGGCGGGACCACCUCCGUCCUGGCCCUCAUGAGAGGACAGCAUGGGGCUUGGUAGUCGCUCUGGGCUUUUAAAGAAUUGAAAUUCAGAACGUGUUUGAAAGCAGUCCUCAUUUUCCCGUUACACCUUUUCUUAUUAUGUCGUAAUUUAACAAUUCAGUAUUAAUAUUAAAAAAAAAAGAGUACUGUGUAUUAAUGUUUAAAGUAAGAUGAUGGUUUUGUUAUAUAAAGGUCUUUGCACGUGGUUUGCUCUCAAGCUCUUAAGGUUGUAUGUUAUAAUCCUUUCUUUUUUUUAUUUUUUCAUUCUGUACUUCAUUAACCUUACUUAUAAGGCUCCUAAACCCCUAUAGCCUUUAAAGCCACACCAUCAAAAAUACACGUGUGCUUAUUUCUUUUAACAAUGUAUAUUUCUAUGUAGCUUUUGACUCAUGUCCAAAUUGAUGCAAUAGUAUUUAUCAUCCUUUCCCCAAAUUAAUAAGCACCAGGACUGCUGUGUGGCCUGCUACUUCUGGUCUCUGGUGGAACACAGUCUGUGAAAACUGACUUUGUGGUUCAGCCAGAAACUGGAUGGUCAAGCUCAUGAAAAGGACCAUAAUGGUUCCUGGGUGUCCUUCUGAUGGCUCCUGCAUCAUUGCUGAUGCAGCUGUGGGUGUGGCCAUGGUUAUCACAGUACUUACCUUCUUGAUGGUGCAGUGAUACCCCCCGCAGACCUGGCUGCUACCCCAGUACAGAACAGGGGAUUCCUCAGCCCACCCCACCACCUCUGCUCCUGAAGUGUUACCAGCCAGAGAACAGAGAAAGUUUUAUUUAGCUGGACAGAAGCUCCCACAUCUAAAUAUGAAUGAAGAACUGUCCAAUCUUUCUUGUCUGUUAUGACCUGUGCCCUCUUUCCCACCCAGGAUCCCUCGCUGGUAUUUCUAGCUAUGGGGUUAAGUAUGUUUCCCUUUUGGAGUUACAGGAGCCUUGACAUGAAUACAAUGUUUUCACUUACUUCUGACCUUGCAUUUUAUCUGUUUCUUGAGGCUAGAUGGGGUGUGGGGAGGAGAGCGCAGGACAGGUGUUGAGAAAUUGGGAACACUGGCAGAUUAGUAAGGCAAUCAAUGCAAACUAGACAUCUUAGGAAAAAGCAAAGAAAUAAAAAAAAAACUACAGUUUAUAUAAAGGUAUUAUGUUUGAUAUAUAGCAAAUGACAAGCCCUAUUUGAACACCAACUGAGAAUUGAUAUCUUAAAACAAAAAACAAAACCUUAAUUUUGAGCCUGGAUUUUUCAGGGCACAUGCUAUCCUCUUUGCUGUUCUUUUCCCCUUUAAGUAAGGAUUUCUUUGCCAGUGGAUAUUUUUAUCCUAAGGAUUUAGUACCAAGGAUUUAUGGAUGGAAUUACCUGGUAGGUCAUUUUUACUUUUAAGCCAUUUCUCAUGACCCAGCACAUCGCCUGACUGUAGGAUUUUUACAUCUUACAGCUAAAUCAGAAGUCGAGACACAAAAAUAACCUUUGUCGAGUGCUUGGGAACAUAAUGGCUCAGCAACCCGAGUUACAAUGUUCUCUGCCUGUGCCCUGAUUGAUCGACGGCAUCUAGUACGUCGCAUCCAUCACGGUUAUUGAUGUGUAUUGAGAGCCUCUGAGAUUCACAACACAGCAGACAUGUGUAAGAACAUUUGUGGUGCCUCCGUCCAUAGAUGUGUCAAUUCUGUAGAAGAAAAUCAAUCAAUGUAUCAUUAAGUACACUAUAGCAGACUUACAGAGGGGCUUUGUCCCUGCUGUCUUUGAAUGACAGGCCUGAAAAGGUGCUAUUUAUUGUUUAUGUCCCCAAGCCCUCUAAGCAAGUCACCUGCAAAAUGUGUCCUCCUCCUGUCUAUAGAAUAAAAAUAAAGGCUUUGUUUCUGGUA